AUUCUGUCUCUCCCAAAACAAAAAGGAAUAAAACAUCUCUCUCUCUCUCUUUCUCUCUGAGAACAAUGGCAAGCAGCAGCAUCGUCGAAGAAGAGGAAGUUGCGGCAGAAGUAGAGGCGGUGCAAGCAGUGUACGGAGACGAUUGCGUGGUUCUCCAAUCCUACCCUCCUCACCUCCACCUCCUCCUCAAGCCUCGCACCGCCGAUGUCACCUCCCAACAGUUUGUGGAGGCAGUUAUUGGGUUACGGGCGGGUUCCCAGUAUCCAAAGGAGCCACCACAUAUUGAUCUCAUAGAUUCUAAGGGUCUUGAUGAGCAAAGGCAAAAAGAGCUAAUGACUUGUAUACAAGACAAAGCAUGUGAACUCUCCUGUUACUUAAUGCUUGUUGCACUCUGUGAGGAAGCGGUGGAGAAGCUCUCUAUCAUGAAUCACCCUGAUGGAGACUGUCCAUUGUGUUUGGAUCCUUUGGUUCCAGAAGAUGAGCAGAGUAAAAGUUUGCCAUUUAUGAAGUUAAUGUCUUGUUUUCAUUGCUUCCACAGUGAAUGCAUUAUUAGGUGGUGGGAUUGGCUCCAAACUGGAAAGGAAACUCAUGCUAGUGAUUCAUCUAGUGUAACCAUCCGUCCUAGCCGUUUCAAGGGAAAUGAAAAAGACAUACAUGGAGCUUUGGAAGAGAGAGAGGGAACUUGCCCAGUUUGCCGCAAGGUUUUUCAUACCAAGGAUUUUGAGCAUGUACUUGACUUGGUUGGCUCUCAUUCUGCUCAAUUGAAUCUUGAUGAAAAUGAAGUAGAUGACAAUGAGAAACUCCUUCAGUCUAAUUCAGAGAUUGAGAGAAGAAAAAAAUUUGAGACCACACUAAGGCUGCAGCAAGAAAACAGUGGCUUAUUUGAGCCUAAAAGAAGUAUUGUUGUCAUGCCUGGUAUGUUUCUUCAACAACCUAUUGCAUCUAGUUCCACUAUUUCAACUGAAGAAUCUGCUGAGCAAGAAAGAAGCAUCCCCCAAGUCACCUCCGAAACACACGAUAGUGGUUCCUCGAAGGUGCCGAGUACCAGUUCUAACAAGCAUACUGGAAUGAGGAAAUCCAGGCCACGGAAUCCAAGAAAACCAGCCAGACAGCCAGUGGCAUCACCCAACACCAGGUCGAACAAAGAAGUUGAGCAACUAAGAAGAGCUCCUGCAGCCACUUUGGAAGCACAUUCUGUUGGUUCCUCAAAUGGACCUAGCACCAGUGAACACAGGAUCUCUGGCUUGAGGAAGCACAGGUCAUGGAAUUCAAGAAAACCAGUUGAGCAGUGGAUUAGAAAAGAGAAUGCUACAGCAGAGUGACCAAUUUUUGUGGUUAAUAUGUUCUUGAUUCUUUUUUAUGUUUUAUUUUCCCACCAUAAUUAUCAUGUAUUAAGCAAAAAGUUUUACAUGAACCAACAGAUGUAAAAGAUAAAAUGAUAAAAUCCAGAAGAAAGAAUGAAAGAGAAGUUAUAAUAUGUUUCCCAUCUA